GGGAACUCCUUAUCAGUAUCUGUGUAACUUGUCAGGGACGGUUCAAAGCUAAGAAACCGCCUGCUACGUAACCAUAAACUUUGCGGUAAAUAGCUUUGAGGCGUAGUCGGCGAACGACUCGUAGGCUUUGCAGGGUAAUUAUCAGCUGCUGCUUCCCGUCGGCGACGUCUGCUCGCGAUCACUUCUUCCGACGCGUUACUCUCCUCAGUAGUACCUUCACUUGAUCACCGACCGUCUCGUUUCUCCCUUUCGCUGAAAGUCUCAGUUGGUUUUUUUUUUUCAUGGCUCCGUCCGUCCCUGAACUCGCGGACAGCACGCAACAGCCGCCGAACAUCCAGGUCACGAAGCUUCAGUUCACGUAUCCCGGAAUCGACGGCCAGCCGCCUCCCGGCGCCAAGCCGCUGAUCGACGGCUUCUCCCUCACCCUGCAUCCCGGCGAUCGGUGCCUUCUGGUCGGCGCGAACGGAGCAGGCAAAACAACGAUCCUCAAGAUUCUGGGCGGCAAGCAUAUGGUCGAUCCGUCCAUGGUCCGAGUGCUUGGUCGGUCAGCCUUCCAUGAUACCGGUCUAGAGGCGUCUGGCGCUCUCACCUACCUUGGAGGCGAGUGGCGCAGGGAUGUAGCGUUUGCCGGGUUCGACGUGCCGCUACAGAUGGACGUAUCGGCAAGGAAGAUGAUCUUCGGUGCUGCCACAGAUGCUGAGCGGAGGGACAGGCUGAUCAAAGUGUUGGAUAUCGACCUGGACUGGCGCAUGCAUAAGGUGUCAGAUGGGCAAAGGAGACGCGUACAGAUCGCCAUGGGAUUGUUGAAGCCGUUCAAGGUCUUGCUGUUGGACGAAAUCACUGUGGAUCUGGACGUGUUGGGUCGGGCUGAUCUUAUGGCGUUUCUGAGGGACGAGUGCGAGCAGAGGGGGGCGACCAUUGUCUAUGCCACGCAUAUAUUCGACGGGCUACAGUCGUGGCCUACUCACAUCGCAUACGUGGCAAAGGGCAGGCUGCAAUUUACCAAGUCCCUGACAGAGUUUCCAGAGCUGGCAUCAACCACACUUAUGAGAAUGAUUGAAGCAUGGCUGCGGAAGGAGCAGCAGGAGGAGAGGGAGAGGAGGAGAGCCAGAAAAGCCUUGGGAUUACCUGAGAGGGAGGAGGGAGGCAGGGAGGGGACACGAGUGGUGGGGGACCCUGCAAAGGCGGGGGCUAGGCUGAUGAACAACGGGUGGGGAGGAGGCAGGCUGACCCCUACGGUGAAGCUUUCAGAUGAGGAUGCUGCCAGGCUGAUGUUUGACCUGACCUCCAAUAGGGUGCUAAGGAUGUGAUCGCCCUGUAACAUUUGCAUCAUUUUACUACCCUGUCUUCCUCAUGACGUGUGGCUCUUGUGUUAUCAAAAGAAACUAACGGUAGAAUAAGGCUGGUGAACGGAGGUUGCAGUAAGCCAGGUUGGUUCCCACUGAGCAUU